CUCCUCUCCUCCCGUCUGCUUAAAGUGUUAGUGAAACACUGCGAGACACUGCAACCAUGGCUGCUACUGGAUCUUUCCGCAUGGUGUCAGAGGACGAGCAGGCCAUGAGGUCUAAGCUGGAGCAUUUGACAGUGAAGGAUCAUGGGCCGGUGUUUGGGCCAUGCCAAAAACUGCCUGGACACACUGUGCAAAAGGCGAAGGAUGAGCUGGGUGAGACGGAGGAGAGGCGGGCGUCCUCGCUGAAGGACCUUCGGGCCACGAUGAAGGACAGAGCGGCGGAGGGAGACGAGCUGGCCAAACUGGUGCUGGAGCGCUUCGGGGACAAACCGGACUCUCUGCUGCUGCGCUUCCUCAGGGCUCGCAAGUUUGAUGUUGCCAGAGCCUACGAGCUCAUGAAGGGUUACGUGCGCUUCAGGAAGGACUAUCCCGAGCUGUUUGAGAACCUGACCCCGGAGGCGGUCCGCAGCACCAUCGAGGCGGGAUACCCCGUGGUUCUGCCCAGCAGGGACAAGUAUGGCCGAGCGGUCCUGCUCUUCAACAUCGAGAACUGGGACCUGGAGGAGAUCACAUUCGAUGAGAUCUUAAGAGCUUACUGUGUGAUCCUGGAGAAGUUGCUGGAGAAUGAAGAAACCCAGAUCAAUGGCUUUGUCCUGGUUGAGAAUUUCAAGGGCUUCAGCAUGCAGCACGCGUCGGGAAUAAAGCCGGCUGAGCUCAAGAAGAUGGUGGACAUGCUGCAGGACUCUUUCCCUGCCCGUUUCAAGGCGGUGCACGUUACCCACCAGCCCUGGUACUUCACCACCACAUACAACGUGGUCAAACCCUUCAUGAAGAGCAAGCUGCUGGAGAGGGUCUUUGUUCACGGCGACGAGUUGGACAACUUCUUCAAAGAAUUUGACGCUGACAUCCUGCCGUCAGAUUUUGAUGGGAAAGCCUCGGUGACGGACUGCCAGGCCAUCGCCACCAAGCUGUUUGGAUCUGAAGACACCGCUCUCUGAAAGAACAGCCCUGCAUAUCCAACCCAAGAGUUAUAGCGUCCUCCACCCUAGAUGCUUAGAUCUUUCAGUCUAAGUUCUAUUUCGAAGCUAGGUUGACAUUUUAUAUUAUUCAUCAGGCAGCAAAAAUACGAGUUAGGGGAAGGGGAUUGUUUGCAAAUAAAUAUAUGAUGAACGGGAAGAAAAAGGAUGUUUAGAUAUUACUCAGAGAAUAACAGGUGGUAAAUUUGUUUAACUAUAGAGCGCUGACAUUCAUUGUUAGUGGAAGAGCAGAGGGAAAAUGAGUUGAUAAGAGUUAGUUUGGUUUGGGGUUCCUCAACUUAAAAACGUAAAGUCACAACAAACAGAGCAGCCUCGUGCCUCUGACCCUGAAUGAGUACAGAAGUGUUUCACAGUCUCAGGGGUUUAGAAAGAUAGGAAGAAGGAAAACUGAUCAUGUAUUUGCCUGCAUUUGAUUAUUGUAUUAGGAGCAGGAGCCUCCUGAUGCAGUGCCUUGGAAACAGCCUUGUUUCAGUAGUGACUCUCAGAGGCCUGAUGUACCACAGAAAUCCAUUCUGCAUUUUGCACUGGAUUGGGAAAUGUUCAAAUA